AUGGCCAAAAUCACCGUGCACCACCUGCAAGUCUCCCAGUCGGAGCGCAUCCCCUGGCUCCUCGAGGAGCUCGGCGUGCCCUACAACCUCAAGCUCUACCAGCGCGCGCCGCUCCUCGCCCCCGCCGCCUACAAGGCGCUGCACCACUCGGGCGCCGCCCCGGUCAUCCACGACGCCUCCAACGACCUGACCCUCGCCGAGUCGGGCGCCUGCGUCGAAUACCUCGCGCACCGGCACGGUGCCGGCCGUCUCUUUGUCGCGCCCUCGGCGCCCGCCUACGCCGACUUCCUGUACUGGUGGCAUUGGAGCAACGGCACCUUUCAGCCCGCCGUCUCCCGCGCCAUGUAUGUCCGCGGCGCCGCCGCCAACGACGGCAAGAUGCUGGCCGUAUCCAAGGAGAAGCUCGGGCGCGCCCUCAAGGCCCUGGACGACCAGCUGAGCAGGAACGACUACAUUGCGGGGUCCGAGCUGACGGCGGCGGACAUUAUGACGGUGUUUUCGCUGACAACGAUGCGUCACUUUUCGCCGUACAGCUUGGCCGAGUACCCGAAUAUUCUAAAGUACCUGGAACGCAUCGGCAAAAGAGAGGCGUACCGCACGGCCAUGGUCAAAUCGGACCCGGAUAUGAAGCUGGCGCUUGGUGCCGAGUCGCCCAAGUCAUUGUUGUAG